AACAAUGUCAGGCCAAGGCGAAAGAAAUGAACAAGCAUCAACAGACCCCAAAGAAGACCUCAGGAUACUCAUACUCGGGGGGAUCCAGAUCAUGAUUGGAGUGAUGCACCCUGGGUUUGGAGUUAUUGGGGCUUUACUGAGUUACAGUCUGAGUCGAGCUUGGGGCUUCGGCUCCAUCUCCUUUGUCUCUGGAUACCCCUUCUGGGGUGGACUGUGUUUCAUUGUUUCUGGUGCUAUCACCAUUUCAGCACUCCAGGAACACUCCUCGAGUCUGCUAAAAGGCAGCCUGGGAAUGAAUAUCUUUAGUUGUAUGUUUUCAAUCAUUGGAGUUAUCCUGUUGCUGGUGGAUCUAUGCACUGCAGUCCACCAUCGAAAAAACUACUGGACUUCGGUUGCUGGAAAAGGAAUCUCAGCCAUGCUGCUUCUCUUCUCUGUCUUGGAGUUCUGCAUAGCGUGUGCCACGGCCCAUGUUGUCACCCAAGUCAUCAGGAACCCCAGCAGGGUGAGUUGGGCUCUUCGUAAAAUACGGGAACGCACGCUGAACAAGUACAGAGGCGCGAGUCUGCUGCAUCCCUAUGCACGGUCUGCCCUGGUUAUUCCAAACGUGUAUGCAGCCAACCCCGUGAUGCUCGAGUUUGCCCCAGGUCCUCCAAGAAGUGACAGCCAGCUACCUUACGCCCCCCGAUAUUAA